AUGGCAGCGUAUACAAAUGCGGAGUAUUAUGACAUGCUCAUGGUACUCGGUGAAUGUCAGGGGCAAUAUUACGUUGCUGCAAGAAGAUACGCUGAAUUGUAUCCGAACCGAAUAAGACAUCCCAGGCCCAAUGUUAUACUUCAGGCAGCUCAAAGAUUAUAUGAGACUGGAAGUGUCUUACCGACGAAAAAAGACACUGGUAGACAUCGUGAUGCAAGAAAUUUGGAAACCGUGGAAACGGUUCUUCGUGCUGUUGAGCAAGAACCAGAAAGUAGUAUUCGAGACAUUGCUCGAGAAUACAAACUCUCUUUUUCUACCGUCCAAAGAAUACUCAAAGAAGAAAAAUUGCACGCUUACCACUACACUCGCGUGCAACAUUUGCGAGAGGAAGACUAUCCUCGGAGGAAGAGAUUUUGCGAGGAUUUCCUCAGAAGAGUAGACGAAGAUCAAGAAUUUCCUUCUCGUGUAAUAUUCAGCGAUGAAUCGCUGUUCACACGAGAAGGAGUUUUUAACUCACACAAUAUGCAUGUGUGGGACGAAGAAAAUCCUCGAGUGACACGACUCAGAAAUAACCAAGUUCGUUGGAAACUGAACGUCUGGGCUGGAAUUAUGGGUACAAAAAUAUUGGGCCCAGUUAUUCUACCGGAAAGACUCAAUGGCGCAUCGUAUGUGGAAUUUCUUGCAGAAAAUCUGCCACAUUUUUUGGAAGAAAUACCAUUAUUAAAUAGAAAUAAAAUUCUAUUUCAACAAGACGGUGCUGGCCCACAUAACGCUAGAAUUGUCACAAAUUUUUUAAAUCACCAAUUUCCCGAACGUUGGAUGGGUCGAUACGGUCCGAUUCGUUGGCCUGCAAGAUCACCAGACCUCAAUCCGUUGGAUUUUUUCUUGUGGGGCUACUGCAAGGAAAUAAUUUACAGACAGCUUCCUGAGAACGUCGAAGAAUUAAAUGACAAACUUCAUCAUGCCAUUUUUCUAAUCGAGGACGAAGUUAUGGAGAAAACUCAAGAAAAUUUAUUGAGACGUAUGAGAGCAUGCAUCACAAUGAACGGCGGACAUUUUGAACAUUUAUUAUAA